CUCUAAACGAAGCUACACCUAAACUUGUUAUCUUCAGAAGGACGUAUUUUCAUAGUGUAUUCUUCUUAUAUGGUUUUCGGCUAUUUUUGUUUACACACUUAGCUUCGGCAUGAAUAUAACAGGUAACACAAGUCAGGGUUAUAUUAAAACUUCAUCUGUAUAAAGAUGUGACCCUUUCUCAUAGACAGUAUCUAUGCUACGUUGUAAAUUGAUGUCACUUCAUGCAAACAUGGAUGGUGCAUUUGAACUUUCACACAGAGAUGAAAAUGUGAAUUCAGCAAAUGUGAUAAAAGUUGGUGAUUAUAAUUCUUCAAACUGCACAGUACAAGAGUUGAAUAAUGAGAAGAAAUGCCCAUUAGAACCAGGUGAAGCAUGUGAUUUACAAGAGACAUUGUCAGAUUUGGAGUGUCCUAAAGCAGGAAAUGAACAUGUAUCAGAGGAAUCUGUGAUCAAAGGCACAAAAACAAGCUUGGGAGACAAAUCAGCAUUGGAUGCAGAAGGUCGAAAUCAACUUUUUGCACAGGGUGUGAUGUUGGACAGACAGGGCAAAAAAGAGGAAGCUUUAAAGCACUACCUCAACUGCUUGUUUGGAUUAUCCAGGGAAACCAGAUUUGUACUACUUCCUCAAUGCCUGAGAAAUAUUGCUGAAAUCUACUAUGAAAUGCAAGAAUAUGAUAAAGCUAUCCAUUUCAUCCAAGCAGAAAAGUUAUACUAUGAGAAUGCUUUGAUCAAUACAGAAGAGAUUCAAAAGAAAUUAGAUGAGAUGCAGUUGACGAAAAGGAAGGAAGAACCAACUACAGAAGUGCAUGAUCUGACAGCUGAAGUUCUAAGAGCAGAGGAGUUUGAGCACUUGGCCAAACUUUGCAUGGAUCACAAACAACCCCAACUGGCUAUGGAAUAUGCUGGAAAGUGCUCUCAGAUGAGACAACAAGUGCUGGGAGAACAUCAUCCUAAGACUAAAGAGAGUUUAGACUUGUUUGCAUCUUUGUAUGCAGAAGCUGGAAAGCAACAGUAUAUAGAUUCAUUGGAAGCAUUCAGCAAUGGUGGGGAGGAUGGCUCAUCACCUGAGACCCAAGACUCUGAAGAAUUAGCUCCAGUCACACCAACCCUGGAGGGGUCACCUGUCUCUAUUCUGCGACAUCGCAAAAAUUCAGACCGAGAGAAGAAACAAGUCAGAUUCCAUGAGUCAGUGGUGGAUCCCACACAUAGGCAGCAAGGCAGCAACAUACAAAAUGAAAUGCUUCCUCGGAAACUGCUGUCAGUGCUCCUUUUUAUCUGCUGCAUUCUGCUGAGCAUACUUGGAAUUGUGCUUUACUGCCGAGUUAUAGACUCGCAUCUCUGCCAUACCAUGACAGAUUUGCUUCAGGAUACAUACAUGCAGAUACGUUAUCAAUACUAUAAAUAUACAUCUACAAAGCAUGUAAAGUUUGCAUGAGUUACUUUAAUAAACACAUCCAAGAACAGAAUAAGCAAAAAUGCUAUACAGCCUAUGACUUUUUGAAUUUUAUUUCAUAAGCAGAAAUUAGCAUAGAUUAAAAGCAUAGGUUGCUGAGACAGUUUGUAUGUUUUCUUUUUAUUAUUUCCACGAGUGGCCAUUUUAGACCAGUUUGUAGGUAAUUAGUUGAGUACUGCACUUGUAUAUUUUUAUAUUUUCUGUUUGUUUUAUAAUAAUUGUAUUUUUGUAAACUUUACAGACUAUUUUAUGUUGGUUAAGUGCUAUUCACAAAUGUAAUGCUAGCUGGUACAAGGAGUAAAAUGCAGAUGUGAAGAUAAAAUUGAUACAGAUUCUGUUAAUUUAAAGGAAGAACAUCUAUUUAUCAGUAUUUGAUUGAAAAGACUUGUUAUUUAUGAUAACUUUCCACUCAUUAUUGUGCUAAUAAUCCCAUCAUUAUCCUAUCAUACUUCAGUUCAUAAAGCCCCACUGUUCUUAUAUAUAUUUUACAAGCUAAAUUGUGAUUUCUGUUUAAUGUCAAAAAGUUUUAAAUGUUUAGAAUGACUGAUUACCAGGGUUUGGAUGCAUAAGUCUUGCUGUGUAUCAUUUCUUUUAAAAGUGUUACUCAUCUCAGAGUGAAAAUACAAAUCAUUUUAUUUUUUAACAUUAUUAAUCUUAUAAACUUAACCUUUUAAUAGCAUUUAAUACUAUAAUAAUAGAAUUAACACUUUAGCUCUUUUUUAGAAAUAGUAAUAUUAAAUAACUUUUUUAAGCAAGCAGAAUAUCCCAUGCUUAUAAUAAUAUAAUGAUGAUGGUGGUGAAUUUGUAGUUUCCCAUUGUGGAGGUGAGUCCAGUGUGCUAUAAAUGAAAGACUGAAAAAAUGUUAUGGGUCAUACCCUCUCUUUGUUGCCACCCUCACCUAACACUUGAAUGAUGACACCAAGAUAACAAGUCAGAACUAUUUUAAUGUUUAAAAUUUAAUUUAAAUCAUGAGCAGUUUGCAAGGUUUUUUCCAUCUUUUCCAUAUAAAUGCUUUAUCUGUGAUUAAUUUAAAUAUGAGCAAUUUGUGUGCAAUGAGAGUGUAUCUCGAGCUCUCAGAGAAAAACAAAAUUGAUGGUAUUUUGCCAUAGCAAUUGAAGGAAAAUGUGAACUUGUUUAUGUUGUCAGUAUUUUCUCCAUUUAUAAACUCUUUAUAAGUUUCUUUUUCUGACAUCAUCUUGAGAUAUUGUGUAUGCAGUUUGGGUGGGCUUGAAAUAGUGGAAUCCAUAAGAAAUAAUGCAUCCAGAGUUUUGUUUGAAUUAAAAUCAGACAAUAAGGCAUGAGUGACCUUUUUUAUUUACUCUUUCUUGCCUUUAAAUUUUUUGGAUGAUUUAAAUUUUUUAUGUAAUUAAUAUUUUAUUAUUGUUGAGAAUAGCAUAAAGUUUGAAUGCAGGGUACACAAUGAAAUGUGCAGUGAACACACUAUACAAAAUAUAUGUUUUCAGUAUAGUCUGUUUUGUCUUUAAUUUUGUGUAUCUUAAAAAGCAUGAAAAUAAUAAAGACUUACACAUGUAAGUAAACAAAA